AGUGAAAAUAUUUCAAGAGCCACCUUCAAGAAAAGAACACAAAAUUACGUGCAACCAACAAAAAAAAAAAAAGAAAGUUUAUUUUGCAUUUUUUUAUCAGCUCAAAUUUUGUAUGCAGGGUCAAAAAUUAUCAUUUCAAUACGUCGAAAAAAAAAACUUGUGCAAUUUAUAAAUAAAACUGAUUUUCUUUCAUUUUAAACCAUGAAUCCAAGGGAUUUAUAUCCCGUGUUAUUUUGUGGUCUAUCAAUUCCACUUUCCAUGUUCAUGUGGAUUGGAAAUGUAGCAUUUUCAAGGUUGUCUCAAUCAAUCGAUGACGAUGAACAAAAAGUAAUUCCACCCACACGAUGGUUAUUCUCCACAUUGGCGCCGCUCCUCUUCGCUGUCGUGGCGCUAAAGAGAAAAUCUGUCAACAAAUCGGGAGCAGCGUUGGGAAUUGUUGUUGCUUUUGUUUUGUCCAUUUCCAGUCACAUGUUCUUUGCUUGUUUGGUUACUUUCUUCUUUUCCUCAUCGAGAGCUACGAAAUUUAGAGCUCAUAUCAAAAAGAAGAUAGAAAAAGACUUUAAAGAUGGUGAAGGUCAGAGGAAUUGGGUUCAAGUCCUUUGUAAUGGAGGAAUGGCAACCCAAUUGGCGAUUCUCUACAUCAUCGACUGUGGAAGCAGUGAGCGGCCGAUUGAUUUCCAGCAGCAUUAUCGUUCCAGUUGGCUUGGAAUCGCAAUUUUAAGUGCCUUAGCUUGUUGCAAUGGAGACACAUGGGCUAGUGAACUAGGCUGUGUGCUUAGUAAAUGUGACCCAUUUCUAAUCACGAGCCGAAAGCGUGUUCCCCGCGGAACCAAUGGCGGUGUUUCAAUGGUCGGCCUUUUAGUCAGUUUUCUUGGAGGAAUCCUCAUUGGACUUACAUACUAUCUGACCCUAAUCUACACAGUCGAAGCGAAAUCCCUCCAGCACAGUCCAGCCCAAUGGCCAGUCAUUUUUUACGGUGGAUUGGCUGGUUUCAUUGGAUCACUUAUUGAUUCUUGGUUAGGUGCCACUUUACAGUUUUCUGGCAUUGACGAGGAAUUAAAAAUUGUACAUGCACCUGGCGAAAAUGUCCGACACAUAAGUGGAUUUAGAAUUCUUGAUAAUCAUAGUGUUAACUUAAUAUCGAGUAUCAUCACAGGAGUGACUAUUCCAUUGGUUGCUUUAAAAUUAUGGCCUGAAAUAUAGACUGUAGAGAGUCAGUUUUGAAUAAGAAGGAAAAAAGUGAUGACUAGCGUAGCUAUUUUUUAAAAUAAAAUUUGUUUUUGUAACUAAUUCACGUGUUCAGAGAAAUCUCGAAUUUUUUUCAGAUUGUUAAUUUUUAAGCAAAAUCACACUACAAAAAUAUCACAGAGGCAUUAUCACAAUUUUUUUUUUUUUUUCUAAAAUAAUCUUUUUUAUGUAUUUUGUAAUGCGAAUAUAUAUUUAUGUAAUUUCAUAAGUCAUUUAUAUCUAAUAAUAAAUUUUAAUGUUGUUUAAGCAA